AUGAACAGAAUAAUGAGCUUUUCGAAUUACAUAAAUACCCACAAAGUUCGAAGAGCCAAAUGAAUAUAGCUAGUAAACAAACAAAACCAAACAUUUAAGCAGUUUAUAAGCAGAUAUAUAUACAUGGUGUGAGAGGCAAACGAAUGCUCAGGUGAAAUGGAGGUCCAGGUUACUAAAAGGUUAAGACAUUACACUAACAAACAAAAAAUACUUUUGGUCGGAGAAGGAGACUUCUCUUUUUCUCUGUCUCUAGCUAGAGCCUUUGGUUCUGCAACUAAUCUCACCGCGACCUCUCUCGAUACUCAAGGGGAGCUAGAGCGUAAGUUUAAGAAUGGGAAGUCGAACGUAGAAGAGCUGGAAAGACUCGGGUGCAGCGUGGUAUAUGGAGUUAACGUCCACUCCAUGACCACAAAGCCUAGCGUUGGUGGUUCCGCGAUAUAUGACAGAGUCAUCUUCAAUUUCCCUCACGCAGGGUUCGACUAUGAGCUUGUAAGAGGGUUUAUGAAGAGUGCAAGAGUGAUGGUGAAAGAUGAAGACAAGGGAGGAGAGAUUCAUGUGAUUCAUAAGACAGAAUAUCCAUUUAGCGAGUGGAAGCUAAAGACUUUGGGUGAGAAAGAAGGUUUAGAUUUGAUCCGUGAGAUCGAGUUUUGCUUAAGUCAAUAUCCUGGUUAUUCCAACAAGAGAGGAAGUGGAGGUUAUAGUGACUCUAGCUUCCCUAUCGGGAAAUCUUCUACUUUCAUGUUUACAAAACAGUUCUUUUACUAAUUUGAAUACCUAAAAGUUUUUGGAAAAGAGUACAAUUUACUUAUCACUAUGAUGCUAAUAAUUAUAGUAUUUGAUUUUUUCAUGUAUUGUGAUGCAUGUUUGACGUUUUCCAUAUAUUAAAUUUUCUUUACCAAGAGAUUUCAGUCUACAGUUUUUCUGCUUUGAAUUCAGACCGUCGUCUCAGAAUAUAAAUUCUAGUUAGCUAAAAUCUGAAAUUUCAUUUCUUGGCCUCUCAAAACAUUUACAACUUACAACAAUCAACAUGAUCAUAAUGAAUGAGACUCGACUAUAUAUUCGUAUUUUAAGGAUAAUUGUAAAUCAAAUUUGUGUUUGUUUAGUGAUGAUAACAAA